AGUGAGAGUACCUCUGAUAAAGGUGACAUCGGGUCAUGGCGAGGUAUUCGGGGACGCAGGUGUCGUCGCGCGCGUUAAAAUCGCCGUGCGUCAAUCUUACCGUCGCGCGGAUUUAUAUGGUCGCGUAGUUGGUGCCCUGUAAGCAGUUGCAAGUGCGGCAAAACAAUCGCUCCGUGUGAAGGUAGACGGAGAAAGGAGACUGACGGAGUCGGAGAGACAGAGUUAGAGACAGUGGAGAAAGAGCGAGUGAGACAUAGUGAGCGAGUGAGUGAGAGAGAAAGAGUGAGAAAGAGAAGGAAGGGGGAGAAAACGCGACGGAAGAUCUGCGCGUUCCGCUCCGUUCGAAUCGAACGUAAUCCUCAACUAAUUUCGCGCGGCAAGUGAAACAAGUGACUGUCGCGGCGGAUCUUAGCGCAACUUGACGGCGUAGCGCGACGCUGCGCGAGGGAACGCGGUGUUCGCGAUUUCUUCGGCCGUCGUGAAUACGUGCCGAUUAUCGCGUGCGAAUCGAGCGAGAAUCCGAGCGAGCAGCGAAAGACAAAAAAACAGAAACUAAAGAGAAAGAGAGGACAUCGGAGGAGACUGUGUAGUCUUAGCGAGUGUCUCGAAUUCGACAUCGUGAAUCUGAUUGUGAGUAUUCUGAGUCCACGGCAUCGAGGAACGACGGCGCGUCACCGGUAGCACUCCGCACUCCGUGUGCGUGCGUGCGUGCGUGCGUGUGUGUUGCGUGUAUACAGGUAGUAGAAGUAGGUGCACGUAUCGGGCGCAGGGGACGACAUUGGAGCAGCGGACACACAUUGGAGUAAGCGCGGUGAGAGAGCGGUGAAUGAGCGGGAAGUUGUGAGCGCACGGUAAAGAGAGAGAGAGAGAGAAAGUUAGCGUGCCGAGGGACAGAGGAGAGACGAUAUACACGCGGGGUGUAUGACGGCGUUUCGGUGCGGCGAGGCGACGUUGCCAGAGUUUUCCCCCCCGUCGCGUACUCCGCUGUUACACGCCACUACUAUACGACGGCACGAGGGAGAGGUAGAGGAGGGUGGCGGACACAAGAACGACCACACGGCGAUCACGGUGGUGUGUUAGUGCCGCGGCGUGCGGUUGCUGGUAGUGGUGCGUGGAUUGCGUCGCGCCAACGAGAAUCUAGACGCGCGCCGAUCUCGUCCUCCCCGCGAAUCCCCGAGAGCCCCGCGACGAGAGGAUAUACGCCGCGGAUACCAUGGAACGACGCCUGACGACGUACGUUCGUAGCGACACGUGACAUGCCGAGCCACAAGCCAGCGCAAGCCAUGAAGAAGCCGCCACGCGUGGAACGGGACCGGCUUCGGGAGCGAGAUCGACUGGCCCGCGCGGCGAUGUCGGUCCAAGCGGAGCAGGCGGCUGCGGGAAGUGGUCCUGAUAUGAGACACCAUCAUCAUCACCAUAACCACGCGCAUCAUCACUCCAAUAUACAUCUCUCCACACAUGAUGCUCUUUCGCUCUUCCGUGCCCCUGUUAGGGUGAAUCCUGAUCCACAAAUCCAGUCUAAGCUGGGCAACUAUUCGCUGGUGAAGCAUCUACUCGAUAAGCCUAAGCGCCUGUUCGGCAUCGAACAGAGUGGCAUCCCGCAGAGUCCGGCGCCUUCGCCGACGCCCUCCGCCCACAAGUCGGGCACGGACAGCUCUGGCAGAAGCUGUUCCCCGUCCUCGGGGCCGGAGUUCAAGAAGCCUGGUGGACUUCGGGGCACGAGCGCCGCGUCUUCCUCGUCGAGUGCAAGUCACCAGCGGGGCGGCUUCGUCAAACCUGCCGACGGCAAACCGCCUUAUGGUGGUCGGGGUGGUUAUCCUGGCCAACCAGUUAAGCACGGCGGCAACGAUCAUCGCAGCCAUGGGUUACUUCCGGCUAAGGGCCCGCCGUUGCCUCAACCAUCCUCUACCGGGGGAAGCAACGGCACGGUACCGAUCAACAAUUCCAGCGGAAGUGUUGCCGGUAACCCCGGCGGCAGUAGUCUCUCAAGCCGCACUCAAUUCGCCUGUCGAUUGAAGCUGAUUGAAGUUAACGGGUCUAACUCGCGAGCAUCGAUUGAUACUCCAGACGUAGAAAACAUUUUGAAGGAGAUGACUGUGCCACUUACACCACUGACGGCGAUCGCGCAGACACCGCGAAAGGAGCAGGAAUCCAAGUUCACCUUCAACCCUCAUCUGGCGAAGUUGACAGAAGUCGCCCCACCAGAGCCUGUAAAGUCAUCUCAACGCCAGCAUACCGCCAUCAAACCACUUGCGAAUAUCGCGGAGGAUCUGAUUUUGUCGGAUGAAGAGAGCGAGGAUGAGGAGAACAAGGAAACAUCAUCGAGACCGACGAGAGGAAACAGGAGUCCGGAUCUCACGGUCGUUCUAUCGACACCAUUGAUGACAUCGGCGCCGCCACCUUUGACACCUAUGUCGCCCAUGAUCAUGUCACCCGUGGGCCCAUUGUCACCCUCGCGGCCGAUCAGUCCGUCGAGAUACUCGUCGCCACCACCAAAACGGACGACACCGGAGCGAGUGCUGUCUCCUCCAGCGGGUAUCAAUCAUCCCCUGCCAUCCGCGUGUUCCCCGACGAAUCCGGUUGUCGUCGGCCAACCGUCGAGUCCAGCCGAGGCGCCGCAUAGCUCCGGAAGCGCCAGCUCGAGCUCAGAUUCGGGUUCAGAUUCUGGCUCGGACAGCAGCGAUGAUUCCGAGGACGAAGACGACUUGACCUCAGCACCGCCGCCAUCCAAGGGGCCUACGACACCACCUUCGAUUUCACCGAAGCAGGAUAAUCUGGUAGAACCGCCGCCUGCUGAGGAACCUCGUCGUUGGGACCUCAUUUCUUUUCUGCAGCAGAAUGGCAAUCAGAAUGCCGAAUCGAAACCUGCUCAGGAUAAUACCAGACGGGAGAAUACGCAUGAAAUAACGACGGAGACCAGAUCACACAGAGAACAGUCUCAUGAUUGGCAGCUCGGUGAGGCCUUGAAGAGGUCUCAUGUGAGUUCUCUCAGUGACAGCGAUCAUCAUUCUGAUCAGGAAAAGAAUCAAUUGGUUGAAGACAAUCGCGCUCAGACGGAGAAGCCAAAAGUGGCCGAUACUAAGAAACGUGGACGACCCAGGAAAUCCAUCAAGAGUCCGAAACGUAGUUGUCACCGGACAUCGGACGAGAAUCUGAAGAACAGUAAGUCCCGCAGCCGGACAAGAACGGUCGCCACUCCUGGCAAGAAAAAGCCACCCAAAUCGAAGGAAACGGUGACCUCAAGUGACGACGACAAUGAUUCGAAAUCGCAAAGUGAUUCCGACAGUGAUCGUCGACCUACCAAAGUAGUGUCGGCCGUAGUACCAACAAGAAACGAAAAGAGAUCGAGACUGAGUCUGUCGUCUAGCGACGACGAGAGUUCGCCACCGAACAGGAAAAAUAAUAAUAGUGCCUCCGAGGACGACACCGCGCGAUGGACAAGAAUUCCCCCCAUCAAGCGGAGCAAUCUGUUGGACUCGCCGAAGAAACAGGAUCAGAAGAAAAGUUCUGCCAAAGGCAAGCCUAGGCAGCCCAGAUCUAGAGUGACCAAUGUAACCGGCGGUUCGGAUUCUGAUAGUGAAUCAGAGGUGUCUGUAAGGAGUAAUCGCAUCAAAGUCGCUCGAGUGCCACCCAGACCUCGAGCACCACCAACGAGGACGACCUCGCCUGAUAACUCUGAUAGCGAUAACAGCCCGGCGUCAAAAUUACAAGAGGAUGACGCCGGCAAUGUGCAGGACAAGAAGAAAAGCGACACGCUGCGCCACGUCUUCUCGACGUCGAGAGGCAUCGGGAAGACGGGUGGUAAAGGUGGGAAAGGUGGAAAAGGCGGUGGUAAAUGCGGUAUCUACGUAGAAGAGUACACGAGUAAUUCUGCUACGCACACACCGACGGGCGGGGACAGUCCGUAUAAAAGACCGUCCUCGCGGACGUCCAGUGGUGGCAACAAUCCUCUCCUACGCUCCCCUCCAGCGCUCACACAUGUGAACGGCGUACCAAGUCUUAUGUGCAAGAUCGAUCUCAGCAGGAUAUCUUCGCAAAUUUUCUCGAAUCUAUCGAGAGGACAAGAGCUCAGACAACGCACGGAAUUGCCUGACACUAGGCCAUCUUCGAGACAAAGACCAUCCUCCAGUUUGGCGACCUUGCAACCACCGAGGUCGUCCACGCCAGAGGAGGGUGAAAUCAUCGAUACACCGCCUCCGCAACAGCAGAUCGUGUCGGAUCGUGCGAGAAUCCAUCGUUCCGACGGACUGCUAAGCGAGAGUGACGGCAAGAUUUCACGUUCUGUGAUCAAGGCCCAACCGAUAUCGUCGGAUUCGAAGAACGGCGGUACUGUUCUUGGAGGUGCUGGUAGUGCUAAUAGUGCCGGUACGCUUGGUAGCGCGCCUAAGAGGAAACGUAAUCCGAGUUGUAGUUCCGUGUCUAGUUUGAGCCCUGUUCAGUGUUCGGUAGAUGCGAAAACUAAGAAUACAUCCGAGCAUAAAGACAGGAGCCGCAAGAGACAACGGAGACAUGCCAACGACGGGCUAAUGUCCAGUCAGCAGAGUGAUAUCCAACCGACGAAUCACGAAAGGGACGAGAAACCAGAUACUAGUUUAUUACCGCCACCGCCUCUCCCAGCUCAGCGCGUCUACUAUUCUUACUUCGAUCCUCAAAAUGAAAUAUUAGAAGAUCAGGAUAGGGACCAUGACCAGUACCUGACCGAAGCUAAGCGACUAAAGCACAAUGCCGAUGAAGAGAGCGAUCUUACGGCACAAGGCAUGAUGUAUCUAGAGGCUGCUCUGUAUUUUCUUCUAACAGGCGAUGCGAUGGAAUCAGACUCAGUUACAGAAAAAGCAUCAUACACUAUGUACAAAGAUACUCUUAGUCUUAUCAAAUACAUCUCGUCGAAAUUUAAGAGCCAAUCGAACAAUUCACCUGAGAAUAGCAUACACACUAAGCUGGCUAUCUUGAGCCUUUGGUGUCAAUCACGUUUGUAUUCCAAAUUAUACAACAUGCGCAAACAGGAAAUGAAAGAGGUCCAGAAGAUCGUCAAUGACUUCAAUCAAAAGCAAUCUCAGCAAUCAGCAGCUCAGAUAAUACCUGCUCAGGCGGAAGGACAGGGCACGCCUUCUCUUUCGCCAACACCAUCGCCCGCUGGUUCUGUAGGUUCCGUCGGUAGUCAAAGUUCCUCCGGAUAUAGUAGCGGUGGACAACAUCCGGCACAACAACAACAACAACAACAACAACAACCACCGGUACAACAACCACCGGUACAACAACCACCGGUACAACAACCACCGGUACAACAACCACCGGUACAACAACUACCGGUACAACAACCACCGGUACAACAACCACCGGUCAAUGGCCAUAUUAGUGUGCCAUUACAAGUCUUCAAUGCGAUGGUAAAGCAAAAUCAGUGUUCAGGCUUACUUAUGAAUGGCCACGACCUAUGGGACCAGGCAAUAAAGCAGGCGAGACAGGAAGAGAAUAGAAGCUUUUUCAUCGAUUUGGAUCGAAGAUUGGGACCCUUGACAUCGUAUAGCUCACUACGUGAGCUUGUGCGUUACGUUCAAGCGGGUAUAAAGAAAUUGCGAGCUCUCUGACCACAGUGGCAUAGCCCCCGACCACCCACUCCAAACUACGUUACCUCCCUUCCACAAAAUAUGGUCACUUAUCCGACCAUGUACACGUAGUUGCAUAGCAUCGUUACGUCGGUGACUUGUUCAUCAACAGCCGGCGAUGUGUGGAAAAUGAGAAGGUGCGAUAGCGAUGAUACAGCAAAAUCAUGGACUAUUUUCUUAAGAAGUGGUCUCGGGGAAGGGAAGGAAGGGGGUGCAACGAUCGGGUGAAUCGAUAAUGGGGGUCACAGCAAUCUAGAAAAAGGAGAGAAAACGAGAGCAGCUCGUGAGAUUCUCCUUUAGUCGGACGACGUAGGGGCAUUCUUGAUAUAAAUUUAGCAGCAAGUUUAUAGUCAAUUGCAAAGCGCGUGCCUGAGGGGGCGAGGGGAAAAGCGACCGAUCGAGAGAGAAGUCGCUUUAUCUUACCAUGGUGCAUAAACAAACCUCGUGCACUUUGUUAGAGCACGUGUUACUUACUCUCGAGGCGCAAUGAAGAAUCAUUGAGCGGAGAUGAUAUCGAGACGCUCGCGAGUGCAUUAGAUUUCUAGCAAGCCGCAGUGAUAACUCGUGUCUAUUUUUUCCGAGGUGUCCGCUUUUGUAAAUUAACGCAUAGAUAUCGACACUGGAGGGAGGGGAAGAAGGGAGGGAAGAAGGAGGAAUUAGGAAGAAAAACCGAAUACGAGAAAAGAGAAGUAAAACCACUGAUGGGGUAGAAAGAAGUGCCACGUAUAAGCGCCCGUGUGUUCUCGCUUCACGGUGCGCCCGCAGCCGACGUUACCUGAAGCAUGAGUAUCGUUUCGGCGAUUCAAGUGCGAUGAAUAUAAGGGAUAUACCUAUUUAAUAUAUAUAGUUUAUUACCUAUAUAAAUAUAUAUAAAUAGUUAUAAAGAUAAGAAUAUAUUUAAUAACGCGAAAAGAGAUAAAGCAUCUCGCGCGCCGGCGCCGCGUUUCAGUAUAGGGGAACAGAUGACAGUUGUAUUCGCGAAUGUGAGGAGAUAACAUGAAAAAGAAAGGGAGAUAGAAGAGCAAGAUUAGAAUGACUUCGAUGGAGGGAUACGCGAGCAACAGGAUCAACAACCAGAAUCAAGCGAUAAUGCUAUAGUUAAACUAUAGUUUUAACGUUUGCGUGCGAAGCACACGACUCUUUUUUGUAGAUAGAUGGGGGAAGUAAUUUAGAUUAGAGUAAUUAAUAUGCAAACAAGAAAAGCAGUAACAGAUGCGAUUAUACCAAUACAUAUUAUUUACAUUACCUAGAGUUAAUCGGGAAAAUAAGUAGAGGUUCUAGUGCGAUUGAAAAGUAAAGGAGAAAAAAAUAAUAGUAUACACACAUAUACCAAUAGCAUAAUUUAAUGAAACGCAAGCGAGGGAAGAACAAAGCGAGGUAAACGCACGUUAAAAAUUAGAAGGUGAACAAUGGCAAAAUGUAUUUGUGACAAAUAUAAUAUUCGAGAUUACUACUCGCAAAUAAAUUUCGCCUGGAAGAGGUGAAUGUCCCUCUUGCGCGCACGACAUGAGAUGCUAAUGGAAAAAUAAUGAGAAGAACAGGCGCAAGCGGAUAAGCAAGUUGCUCAUGUGUAUAUUUUUGUAAAUAGAUAUUUGUGAGUGCCGCCGUCUUGAGGGCGACCUACCGUUGUUGAGUUUGCGGUAGAUCGGCCCGCCCCAAUUUUUGCUACCACAGAUCUUGUCGAGAAUCGGAUAAGAGAUUAUAAAUAGGGAAAAAA